UUUCAAGAUGAUUCAUAGAUUAAAAUUGGGUUGUACAAAUGUCUUGAAAAAAUGGUCCCUGACACUAAUGAGAGGGUGAAGAUAGAUUUGCAAAUUGAUGCAUUCAAGAAUGCAAGAGGACUCUUUGGUAUACAAAAUGCAAUCUUGACUAGAAAAAAGAAAUCUCCAGGGGAUUGGUGGGACUCUUUUGGUGAUGAAUGUCCUGAGUUGAAGUGGUUUGCAAUUAGGGUAUUAAGUCUAACAUGCAGUUCAUCGGGGUGUGAGCGCAAUUGGAGUGCUAUUGAGAUGGUACACUCAAAGCGGAGGAAUCGUUUACACCAAAAGAGAAUGAAUGACUUGGUCUUUGUCAUGUACAAUUUGAAACUGAGACAAAGGCACAAGAAUAGACAAGCAAUCAUGAAUCCAUUAUGUUUGAAUGAUGUUCCAUCAGACGAUGAGUGGAUAACAGAGAGAGAGAAGCCGACUCUUCCAAGAGAAGGAAAUUGGUUGAGUGUGCUUGAUAGGAAUGCUCAACAUGGAUGUCAUUCAGAAGAUGAGGAGGUAGAUGCUCUUGCAAGGGAUUUGGAACAAGCAUGCCGUGACCAUAUUGGAGAAAAUGUCGAUGAAAUUCAUGAAGUAAGUGAUGAUGAUGAUAUGGAUGACAACAUGAAUGCUCCAAGGGAUUUUGAUCAUGACUUUGAUGAUGCUACUAUUGGUGAUGAUGACAUUGAGGAGUUGGGUGACACUGUGGGUGAUGAUGAAGAUGAGGGAGACAAUGAGAUCAACAAUGUUGUUGAUUGUGGCAAUGAUGAUUUCGGCGAUGAAGAUAAUGACUUAUUUUAGUCUCUUAUUUAUUUAUUCUUCUAUUAUUUUAGUUUGUUUUCUUAAGAAUAUCAAUGU